AAAAUUGAAAUUGGUAAGAAGUAAUUAAUUAUUUUUUUGUAUUUUUGUAAAAUUUAAUGAAAAAAAAGUUAUUUAAAUUGAUUAAGUGACUUUCUAAGUGAAAUAUAAAUAGUUGGAUGACUUUCUAAGUAUAACACACCAAUAGUUGAAUGACUUUUGAGUUAAAAAACAAAGUUCAGUGACUUUCGAAGUAAACAAAUCAAAAUUGAGUGAUUUUCUAACUAAAUUAUUCAAAGUUGGGUGAUCAUAUAAGCUAUUAUCUCAUGAAUGGAGUGAAUAAUACAAUACUUCGUAUCCUUCCUAUCAAAUCUUUAGUUCUCAACUAAUUACUAUGAGAAAAAUUAAAUAUAGUAAGGUUAAAGGUCUGUGUAUAACAUGAAUUGAACUCAAGCUUCAUACGUCAAAAAAAAAUAUGAAAAAUUUUAUACCAUUUUUAAAUACUUAGCUCGUAUUUGAAUAAAGCAAUUCAUGUCUCACUCUUAACUUUUUUGGUAUAGUAAUUUUACUAAAUCCAAAAUUUGGAUGAGGACCGAGUAAUUAAAGCCAAAUGGAUCAAACAUCCCUAAAUUUCGAAAAUAAUUUUUAAAAAAAAUGUUUUUUCCUUCCUUUAAUGUACAGGUGGCAAAUUAUAAUUUGUAAAAACUACAAACAUUUAACUAAUUACCAAAAAGAACGUUUAAAAGAUUUCAUUUUUAUUUUCUCUAUUGAAAAAAAAAAACAGCUCAAUUUUCUAUUCUUUGAAUCUGAAAAUUACAAAUCCUUCCCCUCAGUCACCAUCAACAGAGAAAAUUUGUGUUGCAAGACGGUAUCAGAAACUUGAAGAAUAUUUGGUUCAAUGGCUACUGAAGAGUCUAAAGAAUGGCAUGUAGUAAAGAACUGGAGGAAUGCACAGAAAGAAAAAGAGAGAGAACGUCGUAGAAUACGCGAUAGGUUGAGAAGACAAACAAUGAGCAAUGAGGAGAGGGAAAAACACUUAGCUAGACGUCGAAGAAACUAUCAAUUGAGAAGACAAAAAGUUUUGAACAAUUCUUCAUCUUCAGUUUGUCAAAACUGUGACAGUACUACUAGUGCAGGUAUUCGUGUUAUGAAAUUCACUCUGUUAUUAACGCGUUAUUAUAAAAUCCUGGAUUCAUCUCUGGUCGUUGCAGGGUACUCUAAUGAAGACGAAAAUCAAGCAACUGUUCCUGUUUCUGGACUUGGGGUUCAGUUAUCUGAUGCUACAUUUCAUCCUGAAUUAUAUAAAUCACAAGAAGAUGCAUCAAGUGCAUUGCACAAAGGAGUUGAAGAAAGGAGUUAUAAAGUACAGAGAAUUCAAAACACUAUGCCAUUAUAUCAAAUAAGACAUCUUGCCAGAUUAUUGAAUUCUUUUUCAAGUAACAAUCAAGAAAUUGGGACCAAGGACAAUGUGAAUACAGAGAGUAAGUUUCUAACACAAACUUUUUUCAUGUCUUUUUUUUUUUUAAUUCGUUGUCUUUCUAUCGCGCUGAAUUUUAACUGAUAUUCAGGUAGAUCGCGAAGAGGCAUAAGGUUAAUUGAUGUUAAGCGUCUGGCACGAACGCUUAAUUCAAAUUGAAGAUUGUUUUCUCAUUACCUUAGCUGCAUUGUUGUUGUUGGUAAUAACAUUAAGGAUUCAACUGCAGUUUUUUGUUUGUUAA